AUGCUGCUUCUCGUGGGUGUCUCUAUCGCAAUUGCAAUUGCCCUGUAUCAAUGGGUCCUCUACCCACUCUACCUUUCUCCGCUUGCGAAAAUACCCAGUGCACACCCUCUUGCCGCUGUAAGUUCGUUAUGGAUCCAGUGGAAAAGAUUGACGAACAAGGAAUUCGAUGCCGUUGUCUGUGGUUUUCGACAAAAAGGCCCUUAUAUACGGUUGGGACCGAGCGAAGUAGCAGUCAACACAAUGGAAGGCGGCGUUAAGAAUAUUUACGGCAUUGGCAGUGACAAUUUUGACAAGUCUCCUUGGUAUAACUUUUUUCAAAACCACGGAUUUCGUAAUACGUUCUGUGCGCUAGGAGUCGAGCAUGCUGUACAUAGGCGGAGGAUCAGUGGAGUAUACUCGAAGUCAUUUCUGCAAUCUUCUCCCCAUAUCCGAACGAUUUUAGAUGCAGUAAUUCAACAGCAAAUUCUUCCCAUAUUGGCUCGCAAGGCUAGAGAGAAGGAACCGGUUGACAUCUUGGCGUUGAAUCUAGCAUAUGGCUUGGAUUUUAUUUCUGCGUUUAUCUUCGGGUUACCUAGAGGAGUCAAAUUCCUAGAAGACAAAGCCAGCCGCGAGGCGUGGUUCGAUCUAUACGACCAAACACAUCCUUCUGACAACAUGUUCUGGCUCACCGAAUAUCCCACGCUCUCUAAAAUCUUGACCCUUUUUGGAAUCCCUAUGAUACCCAAAGGGUUCCAUCAAGCAAAAAGAGAGCUAGAAGCGUGGGCUAUGAAAAGGGUAAAAUUAGCAGAGGACGUGCUUUGUGAAAACCAGACGGAUGACAAAAUCCGUCCUGGAAACAUGCCGCUGUUGUACCACGCUCUCAAGACUGGAAUGGAAUUGGAGAAAGGAAUAAAAUUGAAUGGCAGAUUUGCACCCGAUAUUUUUCAAAGGCGUGAACUCGCAAGUGAAUGUUUAGAUCAUCUCGUGGCCACGAGGGAUACCUUUGGUAUCACCUUCUCGUAUGUUAUCCUCAAUGUUUCUCGUAACCCCAAGAUCCAAGAAGAACUUCGACAGGAACUGCUGUCGAUCAAGCAGCCAUUUCAGUACCAUGAUGGAAAACAUACAGAACUACCAACUCCGCAGGAUUUGGAAUCAUUGCCUCUUUUGAACGCUGUCAUUCGGGAAUCUCUUCGCCUCCGAAACACGGCUCCAACGCUCAACCCUCGCAUAACGCCAAGGGGGCGCAGGGUGACCCUCGGUCCGUGUGAUGAUGUUCCAGCCGGCACGCGUGUAGGAGCAUAUGCCUGGUGCCUUCACAGAAACGAAGAAGGUUACCCAUAUGCCAGCACCUGGAAUCCUAAAAGGUGGCUAGUUGAUGCUAAAGAUCCAAUGGCUGGGGCUAGGGAACGGUGGUGGUGGGCAUUUGGCAGCGGCAGUCGUCAAUGUUUGGGGCAGAAUUUAGCCAUGGAACUGAUGAGAUUUGCGGUGGCGGCAAUUUAUACCAAUUUCAAGACCAGUAUCAUUGACGAUUCGGCGUUUAUUGGGGACGAAACUUUCGUCUCGGGCGAUGGCAGCGAGCAGCUUAUCCUUAGGGUGGAAAGAGUCUAA